AUGCUUGCUUCCUCGGGCACCAUAGGAGCAUUGAUAGCUGGGCUGAUCAGCUAUAAACCAAUCUUGUUUGCCAUCCUAUUCCUUCUACUGUUGCUUAGCAACUGGCUGGUCAAGCAUGAAUUCAGACCCGCCCCCCCAGAGCCCCAGCAGGACAAGAUCCUCGAGCGGCUGGUGUUCAGUGAAAUGAAGCUGAAGGUCUUGGAAAAUCAGAUGUUCAUCCUGUGGAACAGGAUGAACCAUCACAAGGGGUCAGGCCGACGUCGCACUUACCCCCUGAAGCGCUGCAGCCUUCGGAGGCACGAGUCCAUCUUCUCCAUCUCCUCCGAGUACACGUCUUCUACUCGCUGA